AAUAUUAAUAAAUAGAUUAAAAUAAACAAAUGAAUAGACAAAGGUUAUGUAAUCUAUAGUUGUGUACGGCGUAGGGUUGCUGUUGUUGUAGAUCAGAUUACAAGGCUUGAAUAGACCAUUGGUUGAACCGUUAUAUCUGAAAGGUCAAAGGGCAUAUUUUCUUAGUGUCAAUAAUGAGUCAGAAGGGGAUUACCGCCACACAACGUUCCUGUUAUGAUCACCCCUGUUGCUGAGUGGUACGCGGAUAACAGUCUUUCAGUGCUUUCUUCAACCUAUAUUUCGUAAACAAAUUAGAAGUCUAGCAUGGCGGAAUACUCACUUGUACCCAAGCAAGCAUCGUUGUCUGGCAAAAUCAAGAGAUUUCCUGAAAAAGAACGCCAACUGUUGAAAGCGACCCUGCGAUCACACGGCUGGCAGUCUCUCAGUAAGGAGUUCAGGAUCAAGACGUACACAGGUGUGAGGAGGGGGAACCUUGCAGAUAUUGUCGAUAACUUGGACGACGUCAGCUGUCCUGACUUCAAGAAAGAUGUGAAGGCUCGGCUUGAGUUAGUGAAGAAGAUGCACACUAACGGUCAAGUGCACGUGUACAAAGGAGGGAAUCACGAGGGGUCCAAACGUGUGUUUUACAGAUACUUCAUGUUCGUGCGGGCCAACACGACUGGGACCUAUGAUGUGUUCCUGGCCAGUCUGUGCCGUAAGGAGGAAGAGUUGGGCUUCUGGGGAAUACUUGGGAAGGCCGUUUUAUUCUGGCUGUUCCCCCAAGUGCUUCUGAUGCAGAUUGUGGCAGACCAAAUUUUAGCACCAGCUUUGUCUAGGAGUAUCAUCACGGCAGAUGAUGAGGAUGUUUCCCUGACACCUGCGGCAGCUUUGGCACUGUCGCGAGGCGCAGUCCCCAAAGGCCUCGAAGAUAAAAUCAUCGAGUUUGAGUUUGUGGAGGACCUCAUUGACAAGGGUUUUCUUGUUCCAAGCGGAGACGGCUCACAGAUGACUCUGAAUUUUGUGCAGUGA